AUGGUGGCCAAGCUGAGCCAGCUGCAGGCCGAGCUGCUGGCCGCCCUGCUGGAGUCCGGCCUCAGCAAGCAGGCGCUGCUGCAGGCCCUGGGCGAGCCGGGGCCCUACCUGCUGGCCGGGGACGGCGCGCUGGGCAAGGCGGAGGCCGGCGGCCGCGGGGAGCUGGCCGCGCUGCCCAACGGGCUGGGGGAGACGCGGGGCUCCGAGGACGAGACGGACGACGACGGCGAGGCCUUCACGCCACCCAUCCUCAAGGAGCUGGAGAGCCUCAGCCCCGAGGAGGCGGCUCACCAGAAGGCCGUGGUGGAGAGCCUGCUGCAGGAGGACCCUUGGCGUGUGGCCAAGAUGGUGAAGUCCUACCUGCAGCAGCACAACAUCCCGCAGCGGGAGGUGGUGGACACCACCGGCCUCAACCAGUCGCACCUGUCGCAGCACCUCAACAAGGGCACCCCCAUGAAGACGCAGAAGCGCGCCGCCCUGUACACCUGGUACGUCCGCAAGCAGCGAGAGGUGGCCCAGCAGUUCACGCACGCCGGGCAGGGGGGGCUGAUGGAGGAGCCCACGGGAGAUGAGCUGCCGACCAAGAAGGGACGGAGAAACCGUUUCAAAUGGGGCCCAGCGUCCCAGCAGAUCCUGUUCCAGGCCUACGAGAGGCAGAAGAACCCCAGCAAGGAGGAGCGAGAGGCCCUGGUGGAGGAGUGCAACAGGGCCGAGUGCAUCCAGAGGGGGGUGUCGCCCUCACAGGCACAGGGGCUGGGCUCCAACCUGGUCACAGAGGUGCGUGUCUACAACUGGUUUGCCAAUCGGCGCAAGGAAGAAGCCUUUCGGCACAAGCUGGCCAUGGACACGUACAGCGGGCCGCCGCAGGGGCCAGGCCCGGGCCCCGCACUGCCCGCCCACAGCUCCCCCGGCCUGCCCCCGUCGGCCCUCUCCCCCAGUAAGGUCCACGGUGUGCGCUAUGGACAACCUGCAACCAGCGAGGGGGCGGACGUGCCCUCCAGCAGUGGCAGCUCCUUGGUGACAGUGUCCACAGCCUUGCACCAGGUGUCCCCCACAGGCCUGGAGCCCAGUCACAGCCUGCUGAGCACGGAAGCCAAGCUGGUCUCAGCAACUGGGGGUCCUCUGCCCCCGGUCAGCACGCUGACAGCGCUGCACAGCUUGGAGCAGACGUCCCCAGGCCUCGGCCAGCAGCCCCAGAACCUCAUCAUGGCCUCGCUCCCCGGGGUCAUGACCAUCGGGCCCGGGGAGCCUGCCUCCCUGGGCUCCACGUUCACCAACACCGGCGCCUCCACCCUGGUCAUUGGCUUGGCCUCCACACAGGCACAGAGUGUGCCUGUCAUCAACAGCAUGGGCAGCAGCCUGGCCACCCUGCAGCCGGUGCAGUUCUCCCAGCCGCUGCACCCCUCCUACCAGCAGCCGCUCAUGUCUCCUGUGCAGAGCCACAUGGCCCAGAACCCCUUCAUGGCCACCAUGGCGCAGCUGCAGAGCCCCCACGCCCUUUACAGCCACAAGCCUGAGGUGGCCCAGUACACCCACACAGGCCUGCAGACCAUGCUCAUCACCGACACCACCAACCUGAGCGCCCUGGCCAGCCUCACGCCCACCAAGCAGGUCUUCAUCUCAGACGCCGAGGCCUCCGGUGAGUCUGGGCUCCACACACCGGCAUCUCAGGCCACCACCAUCCACAUCCCCAGCCAGGACCCCGCCGGCAUCCAGCACCUGCAGCCUUCCCACCGGCUCAGCGCCAGCCCCCCCGUGUCCUCCAGCAGCCUGGUGUUGUACCAGAGCUCCGAAUCCACCAAUGGCCACAGCCACCUGCUGCCAUCCAACCACAGCGUCAUCGAGACCUUCAUCUCCACGCAGAUGGCCUCUUCUUCCCAGUAA